UCUCUCUCUCUCUCUCUCUAAUGGAAGAUGAUGGAGAAUGCAUCACAGGGCUACAUCUGGGACUGGGAAUGGGAGGGCAUGUGCCAAGAAAGGAGAAGCAGAAAGAGAACAAGCCUGAGGUGUGCCUAGAGCUAGCGUUUGAGCUUUGUCCAAAAGGGGAAGCCAUUGACGUGAAUCAUAAUAAAGCAAAUAGAAUCAGCUUAGAGAGAAUCCAUGAGUACCCAAAUGAAAAAAGCACUGAUUCUGAUAACAGCAACAACAAGAACGGUUGCCGAAAGAAACUUAGGCUCACAAAGGAGCAAUCAGCCAUGCUUGAAAACACCUUCAAACUGCAUAGCACUCUCAAUCCAGUCCAGAAACAAGCACUUGCUGACCAAUUGAAUUUAAAAACUAGACAAGUUGAAGUUUGGUUUCAGAACAGAAGAGCAAGGACUAAGCUGAAACAGACAGAGGUGGACCGGGAGUUGUUGAAAAAACACUGUCAAAAUCUAAGUGAUGAGAACAAAAGGUUAAAGAAGGAAUUGCAGGAAUUACGUGCACUUAAAGUUGGACCGUCCCCGUUAUGCAUUCAGCUGUCCAAAACCGCGACCCUGACUAUGUGUUCUUCGUGCGAGAAACUAAUAAAGCUCAAUGAAGCAAAGAACAACAUAGAGUUAGAGAGUAGGAAUUGAUA